UCCAAGGAAGCACCAGGUUGCUGCUGCGAGUGGUAUUAGUGGAUCCAUAGGUCACAAUCUUCCAUUGGACCAAGAUUCCCAGACUAAUUCCCCUGUGUGGUGACUGGGGACACUCUGCUGUAGGAUAUAUGUUUUAGGCAAGGCAGAAAACCAAGGACCUGAUUAUUUUGUCUUUAAAGUUCCCAUGGCAUUAUUUGAACGCAGAAGAUUAUUAACAUCAGUGUCUCAGAAAAAAACUACAAUUUGUACAAUUUUACCUUCUUAAACUCCUUCCUUUUUUCAGCCGUUGGAGCAAUUUCUCCUUUUUCUAUGGGAUCAUUUUGUGCAGUGGUUCUCCUAUCACACAUCUCCCUGGAAGGGCUGCACUUCAGACAGGGCAUGUUUUAAAGAAGAGGGAAAAGACAAAGCAGAACUAAGUGACAUCAUCUGUCAUACACCCCACGAACACCCACGAUGCUGACUUCAAUUCGGCUGAGAGCAUACUUUCUACUGACCCUCAUCGCCCCGGCUGUAGCGGAAAGAAUAUUUCACAUCAGAGACCAUUCCGAUGUGCUGAUACCCGCUUCACACCAAGCUGAACUCAUCAUAGACAAAGGCUCUGCUCAGCAAUUCCUCUUGAAAUAUGGCUUUAUGAGGCCCGGAAGCUGGGAGGAAUCCCAGUCUGACACGGCACUGGUUCCUGCGGCUGCCAGCACAGCUCCAUUCGACAUGACGCCUUUGAUUCAGGAAGGGGACUCGGGGUCCCGAGCAGGGAAGGAAAGCGCCUCUAAGGAUCCCGCUGAAAACCCCACGUUCAUCUCGGCUCUCAGAGAUUUCCAAGAGGUGUCAGGCCUACGGGUCACAGGUGUGCUGGAUGAUGCCACUAAAGCUGCCAUGAACAAGCCCAGGUGCGGUGUCCCAGAUAAGGCGUUAGACUCCAAUGUCACUGCCACUGCCAACGCAACAGACACCAGGCUGAACCAGACUCUCUUCAUCAGCACUACCGCAGCCGGUGCCACACGCGGGCUCGACAGUACUCACAGCCGAGACGGCCCGACUGGGUCUCUGGGGCCAGAAAGGAGAAAGCGGUUUCUAGAGACCCUGUUAUUGAGGAAAAGACGGAGAAGAGACCUCACGGGAGCAGGGCAGGUGGGCUUCUCCAAGAAGGUGCUGAAGUGGAGGCUGAUGGGAGAGGGCUACAGCAGCCAGCUGUCCAUUGACGAGCAGAGAUAUGUUUUCAAGCUGGCCUUCAGAAUGUGGAGCGAGGUGUGUCCUGUGGAAUUUGAAGAGGACCUUACGUCUCCUCUUUUCGAGAUUGAUGUUCGGCUUGGCUUUGGAACAGGACGACACCUGGGCUGCGCCCAGAGUUUUGAUGGGGCGGGUCGUGAGUUUGCUCAUGCAUGGUUCCUGGGUGAUAUUCACUUUGACGAUGAUGAGCACUUCACAGCUCCAAGUGGUGGCAAUGGAAUCAGCCUCCUCAAGGUUGCAGUGCAUGAGAUAGGUCAUGUUUUAGGCUUGCCACAUAUCUACAGAGGAGGAUCCAUUAUGCAACCCAGCUAUGUCCCUCAGGACUCAGCCUUCGAAAUUGACUGGAUGGACAGAAAAGCUAUCCAGCAGCUCUAUGGUGGGUGCAAAGGCCGUUUCAACACUGUUUUUGACUGGGUCAGAAAAGAGAGGACUCCCUAUGGCGAGCUGGUGAUCCGCUUCAACACUUACUUCAUCCGGGAUAGCUGGUACUGGCUAUACGAGAACCGCAGCAACAGGACCCGGUAUGGUGACCCCAUUGCUCUGCAGGUGGGCUGGCAUGGAAUUCCUUCGGAUGGGGUGGAUGCUUAUGUUCACGUGUGGGACUGGAGGACUGACGCUGCCUAUUUUUUUAAAGGCACUCAGUACUGGAGGUACGACAGUGAGAAUGACCAGGUGUACACCCAGGACUCAGAAGGACAACGAUACCCCAGGCUCAUUUCUGAAGGCUUCCCUGGGAUUCCCAGCCCCAUCAACACAGCGUUCUACAACAGGAGGGACUCCAGGAUUUAUUUCUUUAAGGACUUGCAUGUAUACAGCUUUGAUGUGAGAACUAACAAGAAAGUGAAUGGCUUCCCCAUGAGAAUAACGGAUGUGUUCCCUGCGGUUGUGCCUGGAGAUCACCCCAUCGGAAACCUGGACGUGGCUUAUUUCUCCUACACACACAACUCCAUCUUCUUCCUUAAGGGAAGCCACUUCUGGAAGGUUGUGAGCAGCCAGGACCGUAGGCAAAACCCCUCCCUACCCUACAAUGGAGUGCUGCCCCGGAAGGAUAUAGAUAGCCACUGGUUUGACAUAUGUAAUGUGCACAUGAGCACUUUGAAAAUGACCCUCUAAAAAGGUGAAGGCAGAGUAUCGAAAAUGUUUUUUCUCUUAUGGCUAUUUCUCUCUGCUGGAAAGAGACUGUGUUUGUCUUUUGUAGUGCACAGAACAUACAGGGAGAACAUACAAGGAAAUACAUGUGAGAACAUAAUGCUUAAGCAUCAGAUAUCUAGUGCAUACUUCAGAUUUCUGUAGAUCCACCAUUUCCUUGAAACUAUCAACACUCUUUGCCUGCUAGUUUCAGGCAAAACAUGUAUUGAUCUCUUUUAUGUGCAAAGUUAAAAUUCAAAUUUUUAGAUUUGUAAUUUAUUUCAAAUGGAAACCUGACUAAUUUUUGAAUCAUUUAUGUAUGUAUGGAUAACUAUGUGGAAUUUAUUAGAAUCUGUGUUAUGAAAAUGAAUGGCUGAUAUUUCAACUCAUUCUCCAAAUAUAGCUCUGAAUUUGAAAGUCAGUCCAAAAUUGCUCUUCAUUUUUAUGUUUUCCUUCAAUACAUAACAGGCUUUACUAAUUUUAUUCUUGAAGGCAACUUAUACUGUAAUGUUCAUUUUGAAGAAAUAUUUCAGCAAUUCGCCUCAGAACAAAUCCUGUUAAUUUAGCCGACAUUCAGAUAGUAAUUAUUAAUUCGCAUUGUGUAAUCACUUAGUACAUCCUAUCUAGCUUCAUACAAGAUUAACAAUAAGCAACUUCAGUACAGAUAUUCUGCUCUCUGUGAAAUAUGAUGGAAAUUAGCUAUAUUAUCCAGUAUUUAAACACUGCACUAGUGAUUAAACAAGUUUCCUUGUCACCAGAACAAAUAUAAUAAGAUCCAUCAAUUCCGCACUUGCUGAGGUAAUAAGUUAAAUUAGUGCUGUGAUUUGCGAGGCUGCCCCAGCUGUCUGUGGAAGCUUGUGCAUUUGUGUGCCCUGGUUUCCUCAAACCUCCCAAGAACAUGCUGGCUAGAUUUGAUUUGCUAAUCUAAAUUGUCUCUUUCUCCAUUUCCCUGCAAUGGACUGACAUCCCAUUCACAAGAAUAGUCACGUUACCCUUACCAAUGAAAGCAAAUUACAGAUAUGAGAAUAUUAGCCUGCUUUUAUUUUUUUAAUGUAAUUUUGACUCAUGCUGGUAAUAACUAAUACUAGAAUCCCAUUUAGUAAAUCUCUUUAUUUCCCUGACACGACUUAUAUUGAUGAAGGACACUAUCCUUUCCAACCAAUAAUAUUCAAUAUAUCAGGUGGCAACAGGGGUGAAGUAGUGAAACAUCAGUAUUACUUCUCACAUCCACUUUUUUCCUCUUUAGGUUAGUGGUUCAAAUGUAAACCCACGUUUUUUUUGCUUGUUAUACAUAGUUAGAUUUACAUAUGAGGUAUCCAUUUCACCUUGUUGUAAAUAUUGUUAGAUGUUUUUGUAUUUAUAGUUAAUCAGUAUCCUGCGCUAUAUUACAGAUGUUUUGAUGUGUACUUGUCUAUUGCACUUGUACUGUAUAACUAUGACAAAGAAAUUUCUGAAGUGCCAGGUAUUUUUCCCGUUUAAAUCUAAAAAAAAAGUGUUGGUUUAAAAAUCUCUUCCUGGUGUACAGAAUAAGACAUAACUAGCUAUAUUUAACAGGGAAUUACAUAAAGAUUAUCAUGCAGUGUAAACUUGUGUAGUGUCCUGUUAAUUUUAUCAUACAAUAUGCGUUAACUGGUGUACCUUAGAGCUUGUCUGAUAAAGCACUCAAUUUAGAACUUCAGAGUCUUGCCUAAACUGGGAUGGCUUAGUCUAAUUUGUCAGCAAUUUUGCCUGCAGUAUUGUUUUUGAUUUUUUAACAAAUAUUCAUAAGCAAACAGCAUUCACUGUAACUAAUGACAGUGACAGGACUGUGAUUGUUAUAACUCGCAAAGUCUAAUAUUUUCCUUUUUUAGGUGUUCUUGUCGUGUUCAUAUUUAAAUUGAUGGGUAGCUGAGUUAGCUUAAAAAUCAAAGAUCAUAUAUGUGGUUGCAAAAUUACACUUUAUAAAUGAGUAAUAAGCCUAACACUAAUACAUUCAUAAAGUUCCCAAGUGCAACAAUCUAUCUUCAGCAAAUAACCCAAAGGUUAGGAUUAGUUUCUGUUACAGAUGUUUUCCUACCUACAUGCAAUUAACUUACAGCAGUGGGUGUUAGCACAUUUUUUGUUCCUAUUUAUGUCAUUCAAAUACUCUACUUACAAAUCACUUCAAGUAUGUUUACUAAUAAGCAAAAC